UCCAACACGCUACUUCAAACCAUCUUAACCUGUUGUUCGUGGUACCCUUGACUUUUCUCCCCUGCGCCCCGGUUCCCCCGUGGCACCCUAUCCGCCAUAUAUCCCAGUGAAACAAACGCAAGAGGCGCCAUGGCCAUCGCCACCACCACCACGGUGACAAGCCAACAAGAGCAGCCCCUGGCUCUAACUCUUGAGUCGCGCAUCGAUCAGCUGGAAAAGCAUGGCUUUCUGUUCGGCAAGAAGCUCGCGGCAUCCAUGUCCCCGCUCUUACACGACGUCGUGUACCGGGGGAUCGGUCUCAAGUGGGAGCAGAUCAGGCUCGAUUCGACAGAUAUGGACUUGUUUCUCAGGCUAAUACGGCACCCCAAGUUCUACGGGGCCUCGAUCACCAUGCCGCACAAAGUCGCCAUCAUCCCCCACUUGGACGAGCUGACGGAGGAGUGCCGCGACGUGGGCGCCUGCAACACGCUCUUCCUCCGCACCCUCCCAGACGGCCGCCGCCUCUUCUGCGGCGCCAACACCGACGUCAUCGGCGUCCGUGAGUCCUUCGUCCAGAACGUCCCCGACCCGUCCGUCUACGAGAAUCGGCCCGGCAUGGUGAUUGGAAGCGGCGGCGCCGCCCGCUCCGCCGUCUACGCCCUGCACAAGUGGCUCAAGGCCACCCGCAUCUACCUCGUCAACCGCGACAAGAGCGAGGUGGACGCCGUGGUUGCCGAGUGCUCCGAGCGCGGCUACGGCGACCGUCUGGUCCAUGUUGAGACGGUCGAGCAGGCCGAGGCGCUCGAGGGCCCCGGCGCGAUUGUGGCCUGCAUCCCCGACUUUCCGCCGGUGACCGAGGCCGAGAAGGUGGUGAGGCGCAUCACCGAGGUCAUGCUGCGCAAGGAAGGGAAGGGAGCCAUGCUGGAAAUGUGCUACAACCCUUCGCCCUACACAGCCCUCGGCGCUCUCGCCGAGUCGGAGGGUUGGCAGGUCAUCCUGGGAACCGAGGCCCUCAUCUGGCAGGGCAUUGAGCAGGAUAAGUACUGGACUGGCCGUGACACCAGUGAGCUUCCCGUUGCCCAGGUCAAGGAGGCGAUCGCCACCAGGCUAGCUCAGAUAUCCAAGAGUUAGUCAGCAUGCUUCUGGUGGUUUG